GAUUUGCAGUCCUCCAUCGCUGCUAUGGAGUCUUCGAUGCGUGCCGAGCUAUGCAGCCACUUAAACGAUGCGGUGAACAUGCACAUGGCUGGGAAGGUGACAACUUCGGAAGAGGCAAGUAUGCGGGAAGAGACCCCAUCAAGGACAAGAACCACCGAAUUCCGAAGCCAGGACAUGACCUCGUCAGCAUCCAUGCCAUCGCUGUUUGACCGGUCAAGCCUGCAGGAGGAAACUCCGACAAGCACGCAUGCAGAGGACCAUGCUGGCAAGACGGUCAGUGAAACAGGAACAGGCGAUGAUGCCCCGAUCAUGGCGACGGAAAUGCAAGAGGCUCUCUGUGGAUCCGAGGGUCCCACGCAGACACCCGACACUGCGAACUCCACGGAGGCAGAUGACGAAGCCGGGGAGAACAAAGUGGAAGACAGCAAGAAGGCCGACGAGACCUGCGGCAAAGAGGCAGAGGAAGUCAAACCGACGCCAAGCCGAAGCCCUUCUUCGUGUUUUCGGCCAGAGAUGUCUCCCCUACGUGGAGUGCCGGUGCAGGCAGCGAUGUCGCCACGUGCCUUUCCACUGCCAGGAAUGAACCCGGAUCCUGCUCGGCUGCCGAAGCCACCAAAGCCUGGGCACCAGGUUCCUUUGACAUUAGCUUUGCCACCAGGCAGGGCAAUCGCUGUGAGGACCAUCAGCCCACAGCGUGGUUGUAUCAGGUCGGGAUCCCAGUCCCAGCAGACCCCGGGCAAAGGACAGGCACAUCCCUACUUAGCGCGAGGACAACAAUCCGCCCAGCAGCUCCGACCAGCUUCGCAGGUGAGCAGCCCGUACCUCACCACAACCCUGGCUGAUGCCAGCAAGAUGCCUCAACAGGAGCAGGAAGCUGCCCGUUUGGGGGCCAUGCGACUCGCUGUUGCGCACAGUCGCCCUCCGCCCCCUGCACCAACAAGUGGACGACGUGACUGGCCUUCCACAAAUUCUACAAGAGUGGAGAUUUGA